AUGUCUCUCCUUUCACAAAAAAUGGCUGAUUUUGGCAACUGUUAUCCAUUUUUCAUUCAAAAUUCUAUAUUGAAUCCGCAGUCAACGGUGUUUACUCCAGAGCAGAUAAAUGCAAUCAAAGCUGCCUCAGCAUCGUGCAGUCUCUUUGCCUCCUUAAUAUCCCACUCAGGUAAAAAACAGCCAACAUCAAUACCUCUACCACUUCCAAAUCCAUAUCAUUCGUCAGGCCUUUCAAGAUCAGGAAAGAGUACUAAUCAGCCCAAGAGGUCUUCAUCGUCACUCUUUAAACGUGGAGCUCGAGUAAGACUUGUAGACGGAAGCAUUCAGAAGGUAGAAGGACUUAGAACUGUUGAUUUUAUUCGAGCUGCCAAGUCAACGGAUUUUCCUCUGAAUACACCACGUGUCUUGAUUAUAACUCUCUUUCAGCCUCCAAUUACUCUGAAUUACCAAUGCAGCAAAGAACAGCCAUUCUUCGUACAGUCCCAUGGCUGGUCUUCUUGUGAUCCACAAAGUACUCUUUCUCGUUUUGGAUUACCAUGUCGUCCACUUUCAGUUGGAGAUCAUUGUCUCGUGGUUGUUCCUUCAGAAAUUGCAAAAUUAAUUUCUUCAUCAGCUCAGAGGUCUCUUGCAGAUUUCAUGACUUCCCCAAAUCCAUUUCUCUUCAAUGCAAAAUUGAAGGAUAUGUUUCCGAAUUUUCCUAAUUGCGUCAAUAUAAAGUAA